AUGUUUGUUUUAGCAGAAGAAAUAAACGAAGAGCUGAGUGACAUCAAGCUGGAAUAUGAAAACCUACGAAGUCAGCUGUGUAAACUAGAGAAUCUUCUGUGCAAAGAAAAUGGAGGAGAGUUUGGUCUGUCAACUCGACUCCAACUUCAGGCAUCCAAACUAUUCAAUACAGAUCAAUUUAGUGAUGUACAAGUUAUUUUGAAAGGAGGAAAUCAUAUUAAAGCUCACAAGAUGAUACUAGCUGCUAGUGGUGAUGAUUGGGGUGUAGAGCAGUUUGAUCACGUUGAUAUGCUAGAUCUCACAGAUUUAAGAUAUGAUGUUGGCUAUGCCUUAAUGAAAUGGGUCUAUACAGAUGAUUUUGGUGGUUAUUCUGUUCAAUUGGAUGAUAAUUUCUUCAUUGAAAUGAUGCAAGCAGCUAAAGUCUGUAAACUUAAAGCAUUACAUAUCAGAUGUCAGAAAGCUUUAUCAACAAUGGUGAACAAUGAAACGUGUGAAAGGUUUUUGAAAUUGUCUGAAGAAUUUGAUGCAAAAAUAUUGAAAGAGAAUUGUGAAAAAUUGCUUGGCAAAAAAACGGUAAUCAAUUUACCAAGAAUGGAGAGCCAAUUUGAGCGACAGGUAACGAAAGAUACCGAACAAAUUUAG